UUUUUGCCCACAUUCGUAAAUAGAAAAUCUGCAUGCACAAGCACACUACUCUCGUUAUAUUAUCUUAAGAAAUAACCAUUAUUUAAACUUUGUUCAACUUUAGCCCAGCUCUACAACAAGCCACCGCAGAAAAAUGGCCCGUGGACACCAGAAACUCCAGUCGCAGCAAAAGGCCCAGGAGAAAAAUGCCAAGCUCAAGAAGCAGCAGGGCCACGGCCUGAGUGACCAGAUGAAGGCGGCCCAGAAGGCGCUCGUAUUUUCCUGUUCAGUGUGCAAGUCCCAGAUGCCAGAUCCGAAGACGUACAAGCAGCAUUUCGAGAACAAACAUCCCAAGGUGGAACUGCCAGCCGAGCUGAAGGAGGUCGUGUAACAAUUUCCACUGCGCAGCGGCCCCAGCGUAUCAACCUUUGUUUAACUUUAUUCAUUUAUACCGGAAAUAUUAGCAACAACAACAACAACAGCAGAAAACAUGUAAAAUUGGAUUUCGGACUCUAAUUUUGUCGAAGCUGAAUUCAGAAAUACAAAAUAUAUACAUUCAAGAGAAUGAAAACAAAAAAAAACAUUGUUCGACACUUUUUGCAGUGUGAUUUACAAAGAUAUUGGCGGUCAAAAGGUUAUAAUUUAUGAAAUAACACAAACUCCACUAAUUAGAAAAAAAGAGCGAUGGAUUUGAUCCGUUCCAAAGCCAUGGCGACACUUAAUCAAAAUGAGGUAAGACAAAUGCAUAGCAAAAUUUUAACUCUUCUCUGUACACCAAUACCAGCGUUAAGUUACGUUCAAUAAAAAGCGUCUCGUUACAAAUUUA